CAGAGCGAGAAGAGGAGCAACGGAAUAGGAGAACACACGACCACGCGUCCAGCUCCCGCUCGCCCCGCGCGCCCAGCUCACACACACACACCUCGGCUUGCUGCCAUCGUCUCCUCCGGUUCCUGCUCCCAUCCUCUUCCUUCUCCACUCCCCCACCAGAUUCGCCUCGUCUCUGUCUGUCUCUCCACGCUCCAGCCUUCCCUCCCACCUCUAUGCAGCGUCCCCUCCCAUGGCGCCAAGCGCACGGCAACGGCAUGCACCCCCGCGAGCCGCGACCUUGACCCUCCUCCUGCCCCUCCUCCUCCUCUCCUCCCCGUCCCUCUCCUUCGCCGCCGCCGACUCCCCGCCGUCGAGCCCCGCCCCGCUCCAGGCGCCGCCGGGGCAGGGCGCGUCUGACUCCGACCCCACUCCCCCGCCGCCUCCGCACAAGCACCACCACCGGCACCGGCGCCACCGUCCGCCCCCGCCCCCGCCGCCCAGGCGGCGGCUAAACUUCGGGGAGAGGCUCGGGAUUGCCUUCGCCGGCGUCGCCGCGGCAAUGCAGGUCGUCCUCGGCGCCUUCCUGGCCCUGCGCGCGUGGCAGCUGCGGCGGCUGGACAGGGCCGAGGUGUCCUCCUCCACGCCCCUCACCUGACCGGCUAGCCUGCCCCGCGUCUUGCUUGUCGCCGUCAGGUCCGUGAUUUGUUAAUUGUUCGUGAUCUCGAGCGUUGUUGUAAAGGAAGCAAUGAUGUCGUAUACUUAUUCUCGAUUAAUUCCAUUCUACACACCAUUUUUUCCCGCAUGUGUUCGCCGAGAUCGAGCACGCCAGCCCUUUGCUGUACGGGUGUACAACUUGCUUCUGUCAGAACAAGUAGACAGGCCAUGUGAUGCGAUAUACUGCCAUGAGAGGUGUAGCGUGUGCUUAUUUGUUGUUAAGCGAUCCAGAUUCAGGAAUGGCGCUAUGUUUCUGGUAAUAGAAAUGGGGUGAAAUCCGUUAUUAAAAAAGUGGUGCUAUGUUGGAUAUAGGCUAACUGCUUAGAUGUGCACGAAUGCACAAAGUAAUUCCAAUUACUGCGUUAGUGCCGCGAUCUUAGCUCUUAAAUUGGUCACCUGUGGUAGUAGCACUCCAUACCAACAAUGUUGCUCCAUGUGGAAUGAUUGAGCCAACUACUAUCACACAACACUUAUGAACAAUGAUAGCUUAGUGAUCAGCAAGCUGAUUGUACCUUUUCUGUCCGUCUCCUGGUCUAAGCAUGAUCACUCGAUCACUGAUGAAAAUUUUAGAGGUUCCAGCUAUCCACGGAUCAUGGAUAGAGAAAACAGCAAGUUUCAGGUGUUAUCGCUUAAUAUUUUUACCAACACUUGGUGACUAAGUGAUGAAAUUGGUGAAAGUCUCUGUUUGCUUUUUGGGACCAAAAGGGUUAUUGUCUUAUGCACUGAGUUUCUUGACAUGUUUUUUUUCUAUGUUGCGCUUUUGGUUGUUGUAUCUAUGCCUUUCAAUUAUGAGAUCAUAUUUACCACAAGUGAAAGCAUGUAUAUGGAACAGUGAUAUCUCUUUGCAUUUUAAUUUUAUCCCUGACUAAAUCCAAGUGAUUCUCCAUCUGUGAAAUGCUUCAAGAAACUGAAUAAUGUUGAGCCAUUCUACCUUGUCAAAUGAUGGACCAUUGCAGCUAUCCAAUAGAACCAUGUUCCAAGUUUUGCACAUUGGUAUGUCAAUUCUUACAAGAGAAAUUGGAAGGCAGCAAACAUGUCUGUGUAGUGUAUGAUUACAUUGUAUAUUGCCUGAAGUACUGUAUGUAUAUAUGCAAUGUCUUACUCGUAAGUCGUAACUCAUUCUAAAUCCAUUCUCAUAUGUGAUA